AUGCGCGGCCGCUUCCGCGCGCUCGCGGCGCUCGCGACGCUCGCGACGCUCGCGACGACGACGCCUCGCCUCGCGUCCGCGCAGCGCGCGGGCGUCGCGAGACCGAGCGGAGGCGCGGACGCGAGCCCUCCGUACCCGCCGCUGUCGCCCGCGGCGGCGGGCGCGUGCCAGACGCUCGUCUUCGGCGGCCUCGCCGUGGACUGCAACUUAAACGCGGGCGGGUCCUACGACGCGUGCUGCGCGACGCUCGCGCGCGCGGACGACGCGCGCUGCUUCUGCGACGACGGCAUCGUGGACACCGUGCGCGCGGUCAUCGGCGACGCCGGGCUCGAUUUUUUUCGCGCGUUCGCGAGCGGGCAGUGCGCGGCGCCGCUGACCGAGGACGGCGCGUGUUUCGAGAGCGGCGUCGUCGGGGGCGUGCGGGAGGUGAAGCAGCAGCAGUUCGUGCCGACGCCGACGCCGACGCCGACGCCGACGCCGACGCCGACGGGGGACGCGCCGUACGAGGACGACUACGACGACUACGAACGACCGACGCCGACGACGCAGCCGCAGCCGCAGCCGCAGCCGCUGGUGGCGCCGGUAACGCCCGGAGCUGGAGCGUUUAUCCCGCCCGGGGCGACGCAGCAGAUACCACCGCAGAUCCCCCCGGGGCAGGCGACGCCGGCGCCGGCGACGACGACGACGCCGGCGCCGUUCCCGCCGGCGCCGUUCCCGCCGGCGCCGGCGUUCCCUCCGAACCCGACGUCGCCGUCGCCGUCGCCGUCGCCCCCGUCGCCGGUGCGCCUCGGCACCCCCGGCCCCGCGCCGCAACUCUCCAUCCCGCCCCCGGCGCCGCAGAUCAUCGAGCCGACGCGCGACCCGGACGCCCCGCCCGCGACGCGAAGAAAAAUACCCGGGCUCCCCUCCAUCGCUGAGCUCGUCGUCGGCAAGAAGGUCAACUCCGAAGUCGGCUUCUUCGCGGACGCGCUCGUCGCCACCGGAUUACUCCAGCUGUUCGACUCCCCCGGCCCGUUCACGGUGUUCGUGCCGACGAAUCGCGCGUGGUACAACGCGCUUGUUUCCCUCGGCGUCACGAAGGAGGACAUAUACGAAGACCCGGCGCUGACGGAGGUGAUGAUGUAUCACGUCGCGCGGCGAGAGCUGUACACGCACGGGAUGUUUUUCGGGCAAAAGAUGCCGACGAUGCAUACGGCCGCGCCGAACAUCGCGCGCGCCGCGCGCGCGGCGAUCGAACAGGGCGUGGACCCCGCGCAGGUCUACCUCGCGCUCACGGAAGGUCUGGAGAUUGAAGUGUUUCAGACCAUCUUACAGAAGGCGUACUUCGUGAACGGGUGCGACGUGCGGCGGAGCAACGUGCAGGCGUCCAACGGGGUCGUGCACGUGAUCGACUGCGUGUUAUUUCCGCCGUCGCCGCAGCCGCUGCCGACGAAACGCACGGUCGCGUCCGUCAUAGUCGACCGGUUCGAGCUCUCGAUCUUCGAACAAGCGCUCACCGGCGGGGGGUUACUCAACGCGAUCAACCGAGCGAGCGCGGAGAACCCGCUGACCGUGUUCGCGCCGACGAACACGGCGUUUAUCAAAUACAUCGCGACGAACCCGGGAUUCUUCAUCGACACCGCCGCGGAACGCGUCGUGAACCCGGGCGUCCCCGGGCUCCAAGAGACGUUACUGUACCACUUCAUCCCCGCGAGGCUGCAGUCCGGGUUACUCGAAACGCAUAACACACAGACGUUACGGACAUUCGAAGGGAAGGACGUGUACGUGGAGUCGUUCAGAGGCGGCGGCGGCUUCGGCGCGGGCGCUUCGCACGCGAGCGGCUUCGGCGCCAACGCCGCGCGCGCGAAGCUCGGCUCGAAGCUGUUCGUCAACGGGUGCCGGUUGCGAGCCGUGGACUUCGUGUGCGUCGACGGCGUCGUGCACACGAUCGACUGCGUCUUGCAGCCGAACUUUAGGGACGAUAAGGAUAAGUUUUUCGGGGACACGUCGUGA